CAUUGUUAAAAGAACGAGGAAGUGAAAAAAUGAGAUGUACCUUCCAGUCCUGGACUGAUUCUUUAAGCUAAGGAUGGCUUUUAGGAAAGAAAAGAGUGCUGCUUACCUGGACAAGGAAGGAGACAAUUCACAGAAAAAGAAAAAUGCAGCAGACGACAUGUAUGCAGUGGUGGUCAAAAGGAAAGGCAGGAUGAAGGUUGAGGAAGAAGAGAGCAGACGACGCUCAAGGUCGCUCCCCUCAGCUGCUAAAUAUGGCUUACCAAAACCAGAAGUCCCCAAGAAACCAAAUUUCCUGAAAAAUUUGAUGUCUGGAAAAGGCAAGGACGAUGCAAAGAAUAAAGAACCUGAUAAGAAAGUGCAACAUAAUGAAAAAGACAAAAGUCCUGGAACUGGGACCACUUAUGCCGUGCCAGCUUUUCCGUACUUGCCUCGAACUAGGACUAUAAAUAGAGGGCGCUCAGUGAAGCGCAGAGGGCGAAAACAUAGCGGUUCUAGCGAGGCUAGCCACGCAGCGGUAUCUAAUGAAAAAGAAAGUCCAGAAUCCCCUAGUGACUCAAGUGCAUAUGUUAGUCAAAACGGCCACAGUUCUGACCGCGUUUCUGCAUACAGUGACCACCCUUAUGACAAUGUCGUAAUUGAAAAUGGACACAGUGAUCAUGCUACCGAUGACAAAGUGUCUCCAGUUCAGCCUGGAUGUUAUAAUAAAUCUAAUUAUUCAGAGGAAUCUAAAAAUGUGGAAGGGAAUAAUAGAAAUACAUCUGAAGAUUCCGAGGAAGUUGAGGAACAUUUGAAAAAAGUGGAGUCAUCGGGAGAGCUGUCUACUGGCCGGUCAUUAUACGAUGAGUUUGACGACUGGUGGGAUGAUAGUAGUUUUAGUGAUGAUGAUGAGGAUGAGGGAAUAAAUGAGGAACUCAUCGUCCCCGAUGUUGAAGAGGAAGUUGAAGCCACAGUAGACACUCCAGAGAAGAAGUUAUAUAAGAUAGCUAUGGAAUUGCUUACCACAGAGAGAGCCUAUGUGCAGAGAUUAAGGCUGGUGCAUCAGGUCUUCCAUUUCCGAGUGCUCACAGAGAAUCACAAGCAUCAGAUGUUUCCAGAUGACGUUCUUGGUAAAAUGUUCUCCAAUAUCCAAAGUUUAUACCAGUUCCAUGCUGACUUCAUGCUUCCACAGUUAGAGGAAAGAAUGUCAAAAUGGGGUGAAAUCCAAAAGCUUGGUGACUUACUGAAGGGCUUGGCACCAUUUCUCAAACUUUAUUCAGAUUAUGUGAAGAACUUUGACAAUGCUAUGCAGACCAUCAAUUUCUGGAAGGAGAGAAGUCCCAAGUUUGCAGAAAUUAUUGAUGAGAUUCAGAAAACCCCAGAGUGCGGUCUCCUAACAUUACAACACCACAUGCUGGAGCCCAUACAAAGAGUACCUAGAUAUGAACUUUUACUCAAAGACUACAUCAAGAAGUUGCCAGAAGGUUCUGUAGACAGGGAAGAUUCUGAAAAGGCUCUGAAUUUAGUGGCCACUGCAGCAUCACAUUCCAAUGAAGCCAUGAAGAAAAUUGAUCAGUUUAAGAAACUACAGGAGAUUGAACAGAGUCUGGGGAAUACAGUGUCUUUGAUAAACCCAACCAGAGAGCUAAUCAAGGAAGGUCCAGUUGGUAAAAUAUCUGCCAGGAAUGGUCAAGAAAUGAGCAGAUAUCUCUUUUUGUUUAAUGACCUUCUGUUGGUGUGCUAUGAGCAGCUGCUGGCUGUUCCAGGACUGGGGCCUAACUACAGACUGAAGGCCAAGUUAGACAUUGAUGGCAUGCAGGUGGCUGAAAGUUUUAGAAAAAGUUGUCCAAGCAGAGCUUCCAAGUAUUGUCAUACCGUCACCUGAACAAGCAGAAACCUAGCUGGGCAAGGGCACGCAGAUGUAUUUUGUCUUCAUCCAAAUGAGAUCACAGUAAAGAACCACGUUGUGAUUGAGAUUAUGGUUCCUUAACUUCCACCAGUUUCUGUCUUCUUUGGAACAAGUAAUUAAUAUUUAUAUGCAGUUAUAUAAAGACUUUCUGUGUGUGUGUGUUGUUGAUUGUGGUUCUUGCCUUCCUUAGAACAAGUACUUAAUUUUAAUAUUUAUAUAUAGAUAUAUAAGAACUUCCUGUGUGUGUGUUGUUAUAUGUGGUUCUUGUCUUCCUUGAAACAGGUACUUGAUAUUAAUAUUUAUAUAUAUAUAGAUAUGUAAAUACUUACUGUGUGUGUGUUAAUGGGGGUCACAAUUAUCCAUUUUAAUGGAACAACAAAAGCUCAGAUGUGA